UGCUAAUACCAGGCCCGCUGCAGGGCGCCUGCCAUAAGCGAGCCGGCCGCGCCGCCGGGCGACAUUACUCGCUCCUCCGUCAUGCCGGAGCCCUCGCGGGCUGCGCGGAUCGCGGCGCAGCUCGAGCAGCGAGGCAUGCUGCUUCCGGGCGUGACGGCGCAUCACCUCGGGUGCGACGUGUACGAAGACACGCCCGGGCUUCAGGACGGGCCGGACGCAGACUUUGAUGCGGCGCUCGAGGCGUACGUAAAGGUGUGCCACGAGUCAAACGUGGACAAGAGCGCGACGCAGGCGUGGCAGCGGUAUUGCAAGGCGCCGUUUGCGGAGGCGCUGAUGGACCUGGUCGCGGUGUUUCGGACCUCGCUGGCGGCCGAUGGCUCUCUCCCGCCCGAGGAAGCUGCUGCGCCGGUGCCGCUGCCGGCCGAGCUGGCGAGCACUCCCGCCGGCCAAGGCAGCCUCGGGAAGGGGGGGGAGGCGCUGGCGCCUGUGGACGCGGAGGUCUCCUCCACCGCAAGCGGAGACUCUUCCACCGCCCCCUCCACCGCCGCGUCCACCGCCGGCGAGCCGCGCAAGUCCACCGCCCCAACCGGCCGAGAGGCGCCAAGAGCCGCAGAUGCGCGAGACAGCGCCGCCUUCCAAAGUAGCGCCGCCUUCCAAAGUAGCACUCGCGCUCCUGCGGCGGACAGCCGCGACCGCGCAAACUCGUUCGGCCGCAAGGGCGACUCGAAGCUGUCCAAGAUCUCGCGCUCGCUCAGCUGGAACACGCGCAAGAAGUAUGACGACGCUGGAGCCGCCGCCGGCGACGCGUCGCCCUCCCCCACCGCGCUCGAGCCUCAGACGUCGAUCGAGUCGAUGCACGGCAUGCACGAGCAGGCGAGCUCGCAGAGCCUCGACCGGCGCUCCUCUUCGAGGUCGGUCGAGAUCGACUCGGCGGAGCUCGCAAAGUCGGCCGACACCAAGGAGCGGACCUGGUCCUUCUCGCGCCGCAACAAGGUGCGCAAGGCCGACGACGCGCCCGCGCCCGAGGGGUCGGUCAAGAUUUACCUGCUCGACGGCACGUACAAGUUCUUCGAGACGACGAGCGCGAUGCUGGUCGGCGAGCUGCUCGAGCAGGUCAAGCAGCGGCUCGGCGUGCAGGAGUCGUCUGCGUUCGCCCUCUACCAGGUGCAGCGCGGCACGCACUACCUGCUGCACGGCGAGGCGCAGGUUGCAGACAUCAAGGCGACGACCGACUCGCGCGCCAAGGCGCUGGGGAUGCGCGACCGGCGCACCAAGCUGCUGCUCAAGAAGUUCCUCUUCACGAAGCACGACGAGCGCCUCAUCACCGAGAAGCCCUUCAUCCACCUCUUCUACAUCCAGGCCGUCAACGACGUGCAGCGCGGCAACUACCUCACCAAGCUCUCGGACGCCAUCAAGCUGGCCGCCAUCCAGUACUACGUCUGGUACGGCCCAUUCGACGCCUCGAAGGAGCAGUUCUCGCUGCCGUACAUGCGCGAGGCCAAGAUCGGCGAGCAGCUGAUGCCGACGCCGCUGGUGACCUCCACCUCCGAGUGCGACUGGGAGGCGCGGAUCCACCUCGAGGCGCGCAAGAUCUCCGACAUCUUCGCGAAGCUGUCGCAGGGGCGCGGCAUCUCGCCGUCCGAGGCGAAGGUCAUGUACAUCAAGAAGGUGCGCAAGCUGCCGAUGUACGGCACCACCCUCUUCCACGUGCACAACUCGAAGAUCUUCCCGUCGGGCCACUUUUUGCUCGCCGCAAACUCGUCGGGCGUCCACUUCUUCCACCCGAUCACCAAGGAGGAGAUCCACUCGCCUUUCUUCUUCGCCGACGUGCAGCGGUGGGAGUACUCCCCGAAGCUGUUUUGCUUUUGGUCGACGCGCUGCGACUUUCUCGAGGAGGCGCACCAGGGGCGCCACAUCGUCAAGUACUCGCUCUCGACCAAGCAGGGGUGGGAGAUCUCGGAGACGCUGCACGCGUACUACAAGCUGCUGAUGGAGACAGACAUCCAGGUCAACUCGUCCGAGCUAUCGGCCUCGCGCCUCAACCGCGCUCCGGCGGGCACGGUGAGCUACGAGGCGGACUCGGACUCGGGCUCGGACGAGGAGAAGCGGCGCCUCGCCUCGGGCGGCACGCAGCAGGGCGGCUCCACCGUCACCACCUUCAUCCCGCAGUCGUCGCCGUCGAAGGCGUCCCGCUCGAGCCGCGGCAGCGGCGGCGUGCGCGCCGCGGCGGCCGACUCGAGCCUGGCCGCGGCGUCGGCCGACCCGGCCGGCGGCGACGCGGACGCGGGCGGCUCGCUGCGCACGCCUCGAAGCGCGUCCUUCCACGAGGCGGCGAAGGGGCUCGACGGCGCGUCGCCGGCCGUGCCGGACGCGAUGGUUGCCGAGUACGAGCGGGUCAAGCGCGAGCUGGAGCAGAUGCGCGAGAUGAAGGCCAAGUACGAGGAGCUGCGCUCCAACCACGAGAAGCUCAAGGUGGAGAACGAGGAGGUGCGCAAGAUUGUGGGCGACAUGUACGUCUCCGUCGACGAGGACAAGGAGAUCACCGACAAGUACAAGGCGACGUACAAGGAGAUUGUCGACUCGCUCGCGCCGGGCGGCGGGCCGCCGAAGACGGGCGAGCUGAUGCCGAAGCUGUACGACCUGAUGGUGCGGAUGAACGACGAGGACAUCCGCAAGGAGUACAUGGUGCAGAUGGAGAUCAUCCUCAACGACGACCCGAGCGUGUCGGAGCGCGUCAAGGGCAUCGCCGAGGGGAUGUCCAUCAAGCUCGGCGAGAUGAUGGACACGCCUCGCCACCAGCGCAUCGCCAAGCUUGCCAAGGAGGAGGAGGACCGCAAGCAGGCCCAGCGGCAGCAGCAGCAGAACCAGGCCGAUGCGGCCAAGAGCAAGGAGCGCGAGGCGGCGCAGCGGAAGCGCAACGGCCAGGCGUACGACGCGCUCGAGCCGGCGAUACGGCAGGUGCUCGGCGUGAAGCCGCUCUCUCUCUUCGGCGACGAGCGGCAGCUGGCGCAGCGCGUGCAGAACCGGCUCGAGCUGCGCAUGGUCGUGAUGAGCGCGCCGGAGCUCAAGAUGAUUGGGCCCGGGCAGUACAAGUCGAUGGGCACCGGCGGCCUCAAGCCUGACGAGGUGCGCGCGCUCACGCACAAGCUCGAGCAGCAAAAGGACCUGCUCAACACGUCGGCGGACGCGCAGCGACUCCUCGCGAUGCUCAAGCGCAAGAUCGCCGCGCUGCCAACGGACGGCGCGCCGCCGCCCUCGCCCGGCGGCGCCGCCGCCGCGUCGCGAGCCAAUGGCGGGCCUCCGCGACCGCCGCCGCCGCCGCCGCCGCCGCCCCGCCCGCCCGGCGCUCCGGGUGCGCCGCCGCCGCCGCCGCCGCCGCCGCCGCCGCCCAUUCCCGGAGGCGGAGGAGGAGGCGGCGGCGGAGGAGGCGCCGGAGGCCGCCCGCCGGGUGCGCCGGGUGCGCCGCCGCCACCGCCGCCGCCGCCUCCGCCGCCUCCGCCGCCGCCUCCGCCGCCGCCGCCGCCGAGCUCAGGGAGUCGACCAGCGCCGGCGGGGGACGAUUUGCAAGCGCAGCUGAUGGCGUCUAUUCGAUCGGGAGGCAACUUGCGCAAGACGCCCGUGGACCCGAACAAGCGCGCCUUCAAGCAACGGACGGGCACGGUGCUGCCGUGAGGGUGUCCGUUGCGUGAGGGCGUCGCUUAUGUCGUGCCGUGAGCGCUGUGUGGUGGGUGUCUUGAAUACAACCGUACGGGGUUUUGACUA